AGCAGCGGCGGCGUCGGCGACCCGAGCAGGGGACGCAUCUGCAGCUUCCUCCCCGCCUGUGAUUUUCCGAGGCGAUUGCUCACUUAGCUGACGGAUCCGUGCCUUCGGGAGAGCUGCUCAGCUUCUCCAUUUCCACGCGUCUUAGGCGUCUUCCAGUUUCAAGUGUGUGUUUGGGGUAUUUAAUUUAUUUUUUUUAUUUUUUCCUUCCUCUAAAUCUUCUCGGGAAUUCUGCGUAUUGAAGCAGGUGGCUCCUGGUACGAAAUCUUUGGAUACGUUUGGCUUGCCAAGUUUUUGCUCUUCUCCGUUCCCUCCCGCUUUCAGAGGCAUCUACGGCGCUUUUCUUUUUGGAUUUAUAUGCAGAAAACGUAUAUAUGUUCAUAUACCGACCGCAUACUAUAUAAAUACAUAUACGCCUGCGGGUGCCCCAGCGCUUGGUAACCGGCUCUCGUCCUGACAAAGCGGAAUGUUGUGGAGCUGAUGGAGAACGAGAACAGUAUUAACAUUCUUUUGAGCCUGCUUUUUAAAAAGGGGAGGGAGUGUGAAGAAUUGUUUAACAUUCGGCCUUCGUUUGGCUGCACACUAAACACCACGAAGUAUUUAUGGUUGCAGAGCAGGUGCAAACGGGGCUUAGAGAGAAAAAGGCUAUAGACCUGCAGCUAACUGGAUUUGAUUCAUAAGAGAGAAAUCUACAGUCAAUGGCCACUCUCACCACGUUCCUGCUAUGGAAAACAGAAUGGUCAAUAGGAUAUGAUCUGAUAAAUAAUGAUGAUUGAAGAUACUACUUCAAUACAUGUGAAAUCAAUGGGAGUUACUGGCUGCAUGAAGAACUUUCUCAGCUUUUCUCUACAAGUUCAUCUUUAAGAAAUCGGAGGCAUAUUCUACCAUUUUACAUUCUUAAGUGGAUACAAAUACUUUUGCCUCAUUGUAAACAGACAACUAGACAACUAAUGUGGGACCAUGGCACUGCCCAGAUGCAUGUGGCCAAGUUAUGUUUGGAGAGCAGUGAUGGCAUGCUUGGUACAUGGGGGACUGGGUGCCUCCUUGACUCUCUGUGUAUUGGGAUGUUUGCUUCAAGCUGCCCAUGUGCUCUCACAAAAAUUGGAUGAUGCAGACCCAUUGGUGAUGACCAACUUUGGCAAGAUAAGAGGGAUUAAGAAGGAACUGAAUAAUGAAAUUUUGGGACCUGUUAUUCAAUUUCUUGGGGUUCCAUAUGCAGCCCCACCAACAGGGGAACAUCGUUUUCAGCCUCCAGAACCACCAUCUCCCUGGUCAGAUAUUAGAAAUGCCACGCAGUUUGCUCCGGUGUGUCCCCAGAAUAUCAUUGAUGGCAGAUUGCCAGAAGUCAUGCUUCCUGUGUGGUUUACUAACAACUUGGAUGUGGUUUCAUCAUAUGUACAAGACCAGAGUGAAGACUGCCUGUAUUUAAACAUAUAUGUCCCAACUGAGGAUGUAAAAAGAAUAUCCAAGGAAUGUGCCAGAAAACCCGGCAAGAAAAUAUGUAGAAAAGGAGGUCCCCUUACAAAGAAACAGACAGAUGAUUUAGGUGAUAAUGACGGUGCUGAAGAUGAAGAUAUUCGAGAUAGUGGGGGUCCCAAACCAGUGAUGGUGUAUAUCCAUGGUGGUUCAUAUAUGGAAGGAACUGGAAAUUUAUAUGAUGGAAGUGUCUUGGCAAGUUAUGGCAAUGUGAUUGUCAUCACAGUGAACUAUCGACUUGGGGUACUUGGUUUCUUGAGCACAGGGGAUCAGGCUGCAAAAGGAAACUAUGGACUCCUUGAUCUCAUACAGGCUUUAAGAUGGACUAGUGAAAACAUUGGAUUCUUCGGUGGUGACCCCUUACGAAUCACUGUUUUUGGAUCUGGUGCUGGGGGUUCAUGUGUCAAUCUGCUGACUUUAUCCCAUUAUUCUGAAGGUAACCGUUGGAGCAAUUCAACCAAAGGACUUUUUCAACGAGCAAUAGCUCAGAGUGGAACAGCUCUUUCCAGCUGGGCUGUUAGUUUCCAACCUGCAAAAUAUGCUAGAAUGUUGGCCACAAAAGUUGGUUGCAAUGUUUCAGAUACAGUAGAGUUAGUGGAAUGUCUACAGAAGAAGCCUUACAAAGAACUUGUUGACCAAGAUAUUCAACCAGCACGAUACCACAUAGCCUUUGGACCUGUGAUUGAUGGCGAUGUCAUACCUGAUGACCCUCAGAUAUUGAUGGAACAAGGAGAGUUUCUCAACUAUGAUAUAAUGUUAGGUGUUAACCAAGGGGAAGGGUUAAAGUUUGUUGAAAAUAUAGUAGAUAGCGAUGAUGGCAUUUCAGCUAGUGAUUUUGACUUUGCUGUUUCCAAUUUUGUUGAUAAUCUAUAUGGGUAUCCUGAAGGCAAGGAUGUUUUGAGAGAAACCAUUAAAUUCAUGUAUACUGACUGGGCUGACCGUCAUAACCCUGAAACCAGAAGGAAGACAUUACUGGCUUUGUUUACAGACCAUCAGUGGGUGGCACCAGCUGUAGCUACUGCCGAUCUUCACUCAAACUUUGGUUCACCUACAUAUUUCUAUGCCUUUUACCAUCAUUGCCAAACAGAUCAGGUUCCAGCUUGGGCUGAUGCAGCUCAUGGAGAUGAGGUUCCUUAUGUACUAGGAAUCCCUAUGAUUGGACCGACAGAGUUAUUUCCUUGCAAUUUCUCCAAAAAUGAUGUCAUGCUGAGUGCAGUAGUAAUGACAUAUUGGACAAAUUUUGCAAAAACUGGUGACCCAAAUCAACCAGUUCCACAAGACACAAAAUUCAUCCAUACCAAACCCAACCGCUUUGAAGAAGUAGCAUGGACCAGAUAUUCCCAGAAAGACCAACUUUAUCUCCAUAUUGGAUUAAAACCAAGAGUUAAGGAACAUUACAGAGCCAAUAAGGUGAACCUCUGGUUGGAGCUGGUACCUCAUCUACAUAAUCUCAAUGACAUUUCUCAGUAUACCUCGACAACAACUAAAGUGCCAUCAACUGAUAUCACUUUCAGACCUACGAGAAAAAAUUCUGUACCUGUCACAUCAGCCUUUCCCACUGCCAAGCAGGAUGAUCCCAAGCAACAGCCAAGUCCAUUUUCAGUGGAUCAAAGGGACUACUCAACAGAGCUGAGUGUCACGAUUGCGGUUGGCGCUUCAUUGCUAUUCCUGAACAUCUUGGCCUUUGCAGCCCUGUACUACAAAAAGGAUAAGAGGAGACAUGAUGUUCACCGGAGAUGCAGCCCUCAGCGUACGACAACCAAUGAUCUUACCCAUGCCCAAGAAGAGGAGCUCAUGUCCCUUCAAAUGAAGCACACUGAUUUGGAUCAUGAAUGUGAGUCCAUCCAUCCACAUGAGGUGGUUCUUCGGACCGCCUGCCCCCCAGAUUACACACUAGCUAUGAGGAGGUCACCCGAUGAUGUUCCCUUAAUGACACCCAACACCAUUACAAUGAUUCCCAACACUAUACCAGGGAUUCAACCCUUACACACAUUCAAUACAUUUACAGGAGGACAGAACAAUACUCUGCCCCAUCCCCAUCCCCACCCCCAUUCACAUUCAACAACCAGGGUAUAGCCAGAUAAGAGAAACAAACUCUAUUUUUUUUUGAUGGAUUGCAGUAAAAGAUUACUGAAGAUUCCUUGGCUUUCAACCUACAAGACUCUUACUAUUUAAAUAAGGAGGAAUAUUAUGUGAAUAUACAUAUCAAGAACUUUGGGGGUUUUGAAAAAAAUGAAUUGUACAUAUAUACACAAAUCAACUUUAAAACAAAUUCCAAUUGCUUGAAGCAAUUGUUCUGAAUGAUACUUUUUCAUUCACAUUCAAGAAUUAAUUUUUUGAAGAUUUAUGUUACGUAAUGGAAUUAGGCAUGUGGAACACCAAACAGGAAAGAACUAUGUCUGAAAUAUAAAA